CCGAUCCAAACAACCACCCGACUUCAGCCACCCGUCACUGACUUCGGGAUCCUUAGGCUAUUGCACCUCCACGUCGGCACGUACAGGUGUAGCUCGCAGGCCCACACAGUAACGAGGAUAUCUUCUCCUGAAUCAUAAAACCCGCUUGAUAGCUCCCGGAUGCGUAGUGCCUACAGAAGUCUGGUGCGGAGAAGUAAUUUCAGCAAAAGACUCUUUGCCUCGCUUGCCGAGGGACAGCCGGCGUAUGAUGUCUGCAUCAUUGGCGGAGGUCAUGCAGGCUGCGAGGCGGCAGCGGGUGCGGCAAGAGCGGGUGCGCGGACAGUGCUGUUAACUCAGAAACUGGACAACAUCGGCGAGCUCUCCUGCAACCCGUCUUUUGGUGGAGUAGGGAAGGGGACCCUGGUGCGAGAAGUUGACGCGCUUGACGGAGUUUGUGCACGCGUUGCGGAUAAGGCUGGUAUUCAGUUUCAGAUUCUAAACCGCUCGAAGGGACCCGCAGUGUGGGGCCCUCGAGCUCAGAUUGACCGCAAGCUGUACAAGAAGCACAUGCAGGAAGCUUUGCACGGCUACCGUAACCUCGACAUCCGUGCGGCGAGUGUCUUCGAUCUCGUCAUCAAUCGUUCGCCAGAGGGGCCCUCCGGGAGCUGGGGCAAGAUUGAAGGUGUCCAACUAGACUCCGGGGAGAUCAUCAAGUGCUCCCAAGUCGUCAUAUGCACGGGCACGUUCCUGUCCGGUGAAAUACACAUCGGCAUGAAGCGAUUUCCAGCUGGCCGCAUCAAUGAAGCGCCCUCCGUCGGCCUCUCAGGGUCCCUCAGAAGUGCAGGCUUCCAGCUCGGCCGACUGCAGACAGGCACGCCAGCGAGGCUGCUCAAGGACAGCAUCGACUUCACGCAGAUGGACGUCCAGAAAGGAGAUGCUGCUCCGCACCCAUUCAGCUAUAUGAACACCACCGUUGACAAUGCUGGCGACCAAAUAGACUGCUAUUUGACACGAACCGCGCCGGCGACACAUCAGGUCAUCCGAGAUAACCUGCAUCUCAGCUGCCACAUCCAGGAGACGAGGAACGGCCCUCGUUACUGCCCCUCGCUCGAGUCCAAGGUCCUGCGCUUCCCUCAGAAGGAGAGUCAUCGGGUAUGGCUCGAGCCUGAAGGAUACGACUCGGACCUCAUCUAUCCGAACGGGCUCUCGUGCAGUAUGCCCGAGGGCGUGCAAGAGGUUCUGUACCGCACAGUCCCCGGACUAGAGAACGUCAAGCUUGUACGGCCUGCGUAUGGUGUCGAGUACGACUACGUCGAUCCGAGAGAGCUGAGACCUACGUUGGAGACCAAACGAAUCAAGGGUCUGUUCCUCGCGGGCCAGAUCAACGGGACAACUGGAUACGAAGAAGCCGCUGCGCAAGGGGUCUUGGCGGGCAUCAACGCAGGGCUCGCCGCGGUCCAGCGGCCACCGUUGAUUCUGUCUCGUGCAGACGGCUAUAUCGGUGUUAUGGUCGACGACCUCAUCGUCAAGGGAGCGGAGGAGCCUUAUCGUAUGUUCACUUCGAGAUCGGAGUACCGCGUGUCGAUCAGAAGUGACAACGCGGACUUGCGUCUGACUGGAAAAGGACGCGAGGCGGGGGUCGUCUCAGAGGAGCGUUGGUUGUGGUUUGGACGGACACAAGGCGAAGUACAGCGCGUCACUGAGGCGCUCCAGUCGUACACGCUCACUCCACACCAAUGGAGAAGACUCGGCUUUGACGUCAAACAGGACGGCAUCUGGAGAAGCGCCUACGAGAUGCUCCACAACCCGAACAUCAAAAUCAGCCAGUUGUUCGAAGCUGUCCCGGACCUCACCUCCGUCGAGCUGCAGGUCCUUGAGCGGGUCGAGAACGAGGCUGCGUACAAGAUCUUCUUACAACGACAAGAGGCCGACGUGCGUGCCUUCAUGGACGACGAGUCGCUCGUACUCGAUCCAAGCCUUGAUUAUACGUCAGUGGAUGGACUGAGUCUUGAGGUCAAGGAGCGGUUGCGGCGCAUUAGGCCUACGAGCUUCGGUGUUGCGAAGCGUAUGGAGGGGAUGACGCCGGCCUCUCUGGUCGUUUUGCUGAGAUACGCCAAGCGCAUGCAUGGUCGGGCUGCCGCUCUGGGUUCUGUAGCGACGUAGACCAUGAGGAUGUCAAAAUUACUUGUACUCAUGAUGCUUUAGUCCACGGUUGUAGUGUCGCUAAUCUUACACAUGCUAUGAUAUACGUUGUUGUCAGUGUCCCAGAUUAUCCAGAUGCUUUUGCUUGGAAAUUACUGGCUUGUCUCCCUCUCAGACCUGAUGUCUCGGAUUUGGACCGCUAGAUCAGAAGGCCUACUAUAUAGCAUGGUAGUCGAUGGAGCUCGCGAGCCUCAACCCAUCAUACAGUAUGUACAGUACCAUAAAAGCACAGUAUCAGUUCUACAAUAGUGGUGUCCGCGGGUUAGCAUCCCGUAUUGUUUGUACAUAUAUCUUUUGCAGCGAAUUCCGAUCCGCCUUUGGGCGGGUUGCUCUUGAGGAGGA